ACUGCAAACUCUCAUCGUCUCGCAUUUCCACAGGUCGUACCCAAUUCUUGUCUCCUGAUCAAGAUGGAUUUCGAGGAUCCACUUCGCAAAUUCCCGGCCAUCACACCGCACCCCGCACCAGACUCUGUGGCAAGCUCGGAGCUGUCUUCGCUCCUCGAAGAAAGUGACCGCUGGUACGACACCCGCACCACGGUGUUGAAGAUACUGGAGAACCGCUACAUACCAAAUGGUCCUGAUGAUGGUACUCCCAAGGUUCUGCGCGCAUUUGUGAUGAAACUGCUCAAGGGCGGUCAACUUGCUCUAGUGUCGGAGACUCGUCUUCUCCAAGAUGAUUCGGCCAAGUUACGACAACUACGUAACUUCUUGGUGGAUGCAAUACUCAAGCCUAUGAUGGGAACCGGUGGCAAGAAUCCCAAAACGCCAAUCACACCAAGUCCGCGCCCUAAUGCAAACAACGACAUCCUAUCUAGCAUAGCUACGAUUGAGCCUUCUUCUCGAAACGAUCAACGAGUAUUAAAAGCCGACUGCUUGCGAAGAGACGGUCAUCGUUGUGCUCUCACCGGGCGGGUCGAUGGGAAGUCAAGGGGAAAAGUACCAGGAGCUGCAGGAUGGAUGGUCAAAACUCAAUGUGCCCAUAUACUGCCGUUCGCACUUAGGAACUUCGACACGCAAAGUGCACAAGAGAUAAAACCUACGAUCUGGUGGGCCCUCUAUAGAUAUUUUCCAGGUCUGAAGGAUUUGAUCGGCCCCGGGACUAUCAACCAGCACCAAAACGCACUAACUAUGUGGGAUACCCUUCAUGCGGAGUUUGGAACCUUCAAUCUGGCCUUCGAACCUUUAGACGACGUAAGUGUAUCCAAGAUAUAUUCGACUCCGGAAAAUCGAUAUCGAACCCGCUGGGUAACAUAUCCAGGAUAUGAGGCUCCUGAUGUUGUUACCUUAGCAUCGAACGACCCUCCCGUACCGCUACCAAACUCCAAGUACUUUUGGGUCCAUUUUCGGAUAGCGGAGAUCCUCGAAUGGUUCGAUACCGGUGAAGCCACCUUGAAGUCGAUAGAAAUUGGGACGACAUCUCCAGUGUUGAAUCCGGUUUCGCCGGACGUUCUUCGUGGAGUCGGAGGAGCGGUGAACUAGGCUUGAUCGUCGCGAUGACUUCAACAUCUUGAUCGAGACCUGAUCGUCCAAGUACACUAUCGCCAAGGAGGCACAGGGUGCUGGGGUAGCGCAGAUAAUUUGCAGUGGGGUUUAUGAAGAAGGUAGC